AUGGAUAGGAACUGGGAAGGGCCAGGCGCAAAUGUUAUAAUUGCGCAAGGACAGAUGGCAAUCGACUGGAUCAACUGGGGCAAAAGUCGUGGACGAAUUAUCAUUGGGCAAGAAAAGCAGACUGACGUACAAUUGGUGCUCGAAGCAAAUCCACAGUACUUGUUCUCGGUCAAUGAACUAGAAACACAUGCUAAGUCCAGGAAGCUUCGCAAAAAAAAAUCUAUUCCUGGAUGA